AUGGAGACUACAAAAAAGUGCAAACCAUCAGGGUGGAUGAAAACCCAAAUGAAUAGUUCAUUUUCAGAUGAAUUAGGCUGUAUCACCGAUGCAACUGAUGAGGAACAAGAUGACUUACCUUAUGAUGGAGAUGUAGGAAUAACCUGUAAAUACAAUAAUAAUUCAGAUAAUUUGAAUGACUGUGCUUGUACAAAAGGUGGUUCUGGUAUUUUAAACUUCGUCUGUUCUGAAGACAACAAAAACAUAAAAGCAACAGCAAAUUAUGAAACUCAUCCACGGCCUGAAGAAUUCUCCAGUCACCAUAGAGAUGCCAUAGGAACAAUGGGAAUUUCAGUUGAAACGCCUGGAAGUGAAGCUUCCUUUAAGAAGGAAUUACCUGUUGGCAGUUUUAGCAAACUAGAUAGCAAAGAACAUCUAAUUAACUCAAAAGUGUCCGAUGUCCUUUUGCAUCGUUUUUCUAAGGGAGAGUUAAUAAGCACGUGCCAGUUAAUUGAAUGCGAGACAAUACCGGAGACAUCCUUUACUGAAAGUAUCGAUGACGCUGUGAACAAACCUGAGCCUUCAGAACACAAAGGCCCUUUAGCACAUGAACAACGGGCAACGAACUUUGAAGAGUAUCACUUAGAAAAGCACGAGGAAGUGAACACCAGUGAUAAAAAUCAAAAUUUGCUAAAUGGAAAUCGAUGUGUUUCAAAGAAACCCAUUUCUUCUACUGAUAAGUGUGGGUGCAGACAAGAAAGUUCACAACUGAUGAAUGAGAAUGAAGAUACACACAUCUUUCAAAACAUGAAAGAAGAGAGCACCCUGUUUAAGAAAACCGUUUCACCUCACGAGCUCAAAUAUGGCCAAGGUCAAGCUCACCGUUGCCUUCCCGACUUCUCCGAAGUCGCUUCAGAAGUUAAAGUACCAAAAAGAAGUGAUGAUAUUAACUCAGUUCCUACAAAAUCCUUCCCUGUUUUGCUAAGUGAAUCAGUAAUUGUGAACAACACUCUAAAAGAUAAGAACCACUUCUAUUCUGCUGAGGUAGAGAAUCGAGAAGAAACGAGCAUUCCAGAACUGUUGCAACAGCUAGAGAUACUUCCUCAGUCAGAUUUUCCAAAUGCCAGCAUUGCCAUUUACUCAGGAGACACUGGGACAUCCUCUGAAGUCUUUACAUUAUGUGCUCCUAUCCCUAUACAAUCUACAUGUGGUUUGUCUAAAGCAAGAUUACAGUGUGGAACAGCAGCAUCAGCAUUACCAGCAGCCGGUACAGCAGAAGCACACUGUCUAAAUCCUUCUAAUUUACUGCCAGAACUAACACUAGGAGAAAAGAUGUCUCAAAUACUAAAGGAUCAGACAGAUCAACUGAUAAAGAAAGUGGAAGACUUCUCUAAGCACAUGACCCAAGAGGCAUUCCUUUUACAAGACAACUAUCUGGCAUUAAAUCAAUUGAAAAGAUACCUUGAUGCCUUGGAAAGGAAUUACUUAACAGCUAGAGAAGAGCACCGUAAUUUACAGCUGCAGAACUACAAGGACAAGUCUAUCAACGUUGGAGAGUUUGAUCCUGAAAGAAAGGUGGAAGGGGAAAUAUUUAGACUUGGCAUGCUGCUUGAAGACAUCCAAGAACAAACCGAUGACAGCAAAUGCAGCUUUUCUUCUUUGCUUACUUCCUAUGAAUCUGCCCAUUCAUCAUAUUCUCUUUGUGAGAGAUUCCUUUCACCUGAGGAGAAAUAUGCUGCUGAACAUCUUGCAUCUCAUAGUCAGGGUACAUUAAGUCAAAAACUUGAUGAUGAUGAAGAAAGUAUGAAAGGGAGACUAAAGAGGACACCAAGUCAAAUUCACUGUGGAAGAUUUUCAGUCAGAUAUCAUCAAAAGAGUUUUAACUCUGAGUCUAGUCAAACAUUGAAGCGGCAAAAUUUUGAGGCUGCCAAAACCUGCUAUUCAAGCACAUAUGAUAAAAUUAUCCUUUCACAUCAAUACUUACCCAGCAAGAAGUCUGCCCAAAGCAAAUCUGCAAUCAACAUCAGAAACAGAAAUGCCAAUAAUUCCAAUGCAAAUAUUUUAAGUUCUACUCUGGAUCAUGCCAUACAGACAGCAAACAGUUUGAAGAAAGCUACAGAACGAAUGGUACGAGCAGUUUCAGAAGACCUAGCUAAAGUUAAAAGAAAACAGCUUUAA